AUGAAUCAGGAGGAACAAGACCAAUCUGCUGUAAAUGAACUGCGAAUAUACACAGAUGGCUCCAAAACACAUAACGGUUCAGGAGCAGGAGCCCACUCCCUUGACCUCAACAUGAACUUAUACAUACCACUCGGACCACACAGUUCGAUUUUCCAAUGUGAAUGCGUUGCCCUGACUGAGGCAGCACGAACAGUGCUAAAGUUAGGUGUCAACAACUUCAACUUAAAAUUUAUAUCGGACAGUGCAGCCGUGCUAAAAGCACUACAGAACAGGAAAUCAAACAACAGAUUAAUAAUCGAAUGUCACAAUAUCAUGGAUAAAGUGGCAGAGCACAACGGUGUAACCAUCCAGUGGAUAAAAGGGCACAGUGGAUCAUAUGGAAAUGAUGCCGCGGACGAAUUGGCGAGAAGAGGAUCAGGCAUGACGGUAGCAGGCCCCCUCCCGCUUCUGCCAAUACCAUUCUCACAAUUUUGA